GGCUGGAUUGAGGAGAAGAAAAGCUAGAAGGGAGAGAGAGUAAAAGGGAGAGGCGGAGGAGGGUUUGCGUUGGUGUGUUGGUUGGCAGAAAGAGCGCUUGUCAAAAAAACCUUCCACUGGCAGAAGGCAUGAUUCACAGCAGAGAGAGAGGGGGGGGAGAGGCAGAGAGAGAGGGAGACAAGCGACAGAAAAAGAGAAAAACGGCAGAGAUACAGAAAAAGAGAGUGAGAGAGAAACGACAGGGGCAGAGAUGCCACUGAGAAAAACAAAUGAGGAUGCUGAUUUGAGGCAGAAUAACAACACAUUACCAGGAUGGGACGGAGAUCGACGGACUGGAUUGACUGAUGCCUUUUACUGACUGUGACCAUGUUGAUAAGCCAGACGGUAAUCAACAAACACAGCCAGAAUGAGAGGAGAAGCUUUGACUGGAUUCAGUUCUCCAUCCACUGUACUCACUGUUUCUGUCGCUCUGUGUCUGACGGACUAACACUCUGCUGGAUAAAGAUUUAAUUGGCUCUGUACAGACAGCCAGAACAAUAAACAAUCAGAAUAAAUACAAAUGCAGUCACAUCGAAGAGAGAAUGGAACAGUAGCUUCGUGGGCAUAAAAACUGGACACAUUUUUUCUCAUCUUUCCAAAAACUGGUUGGAAUAUUUCUCAAAGUAGGAUUCCAUUUCUAAAUUUAAUUUGGACAUUAUGUUGUUUGCAUUGUUUUAUGCCAUGGAUAUUUUUUUUUUUGAUAACAAGACUCUUCUGACAUGUCCUUAAAGGGAUAUGCUUCAGUGUUAUAAUAGGAAAGAAAAAGCUUAAACAUUUUUAAUAUGACAUUUACCCAGAUCCUAUGUUGCCUGGGCCCUCUCAAAACCAUCUGCCGUGCACCUUGCCCAUUCUGAAAGACAUUUUUGCAAACAAUUUUUUUCUGAUGUAGUAAAAUCAACGACUUCACAAUUCGCUCUUCAAGCUUCACACGUGCCUCCCACCAACCCCUCCCACCAUCAGCCAUCCAACCAAUCAUGGGCAAGCCUCUUAGCCGUCCUGGGUGUUUCAGGAAAAGCUCUUGCUGCCUGGAGAAACAUGGAGCUGGGAAUGGGGGGGUGGGAGGGCGAGACGGGGGAAUGGAAGGGGGAUACGGAGACGGCUAUGUACCCCAACGAUCCAUUUAUGACACCAUGUGCAUCAAUCAACAGAUUGACAGUCAUCACCACCACCACUCUGGAGGGUCUGUGAGGCGAGAUGGUGGCCAAGAGGGAAGUUUUAGCUAUUCUGCAAGUGGGUCCCUCAGAGUCAGCAGGUCCCCGGCUGACAUGUUCGAUUCACAGCCUCGCUCUUUAACUCCAAAUCCCUCCUUUGUGAGGAGACUGGAUGAGCGAGCCAUCUUUGAUUCGUUGAAGCUCGGAUGUCAGGAUGCAGAUAACAGCGGCUGCCAUUCACCAGGACGCUUCACUCGGUCAGUUUCUCCGUCUGUGUCUUCAUUCUCAGCACCAGGAGUGUCCUCCUCCUCAAAGAAACACCACCACCACCACCAUCAUCACCAUGGAGACAGCACAAAAAGCAGAGAGGGUCGACAGUCCUGGAAAGUCUUGCCACCACAAAAACACAUGGAGUGUAUGGAGCUUACUACAACAGAAAUGAUGGACAGAGGAGGCGGAUAUCUGAAUCCGGGGCAAUACGCUCAUCCUGGGGGCCAGUCUACCUCUCUUACCUCCCCCCUCAUCUCACCCUUUUCCGGCUCACCUCUCUCUUCAGGUUACCAUACUCCGGUCUUUUUCUCGCCUGCCAAACCUCGCCCCAGUCAGACUCAGAGUUUGCGUUGUUCCCCUCCUCAUGUAAUCCAGCCGAGGCAUUACUCCCAAACUCAGAGCCUUCGGAUGUCACCGCCCCAUGAGCUUAGACGAUCACCCUACCGUUCCCCACUGGUCCAACUGUCUGCUCAUGACCUUGAGCAGGACCUAAGGGAACGAGGAGGAGGAUGGGGCCGCAGUGAGCGAGAAAGGGAGUGGGAGAGGGAGAGAGAAAGGGAGAUGGAGCGAGGAUGGGCCCAAAGAGAGUGGGAAAGAGAGAGGGAAAGGGGAAGGCUGGAGAGGGAGAGAGCAAGAGAAAGGGAGAGGAGGGAAACAUCGAGUUUUGGAACGUUUGGAUAUGGCAGACCAGUUCCUCUGCGUUCAGACAGAGACUCUGUGUUUUUAGAGUCCGACCAAGGGCUAGACACAACACCCCUGUUGCUCCCCCAGCCCUCACCUUCACCCUCCCCUAGUGCUGCUCCCAGAAUGGGCACUGGGGCAGUGGGCAGGAGCAGACCUGGGUCAAAAGUAGGCCCUGAAAGCGUAGGUGGAGGAAUGAUCUCCAAAUAUGACAAUGGGAGUGUGGGCUUAGUGUUAGUUGACAGUAAAUCCGGGUGUGGACCAAGGUUGGUAAGUGAAGUUGGGAAUGCAAAUAUGUCAGAGGCUGAGAUCAGGGCUGGGGUACAAGAACACCAUAGGGCUGAAAGUUGGAACAAAUAUGACAAUGGAUCCAGGGCUAGCAUUAAAAACAUGCCUGAAAAAAGAAUGGGCUCCCAGGUAAAAACAAGGCCAGGGGGUCGAGAUUUGGAAGGAAAAGUGCAAUCUGGGGUAGAGAUAGAAAAUAUUGCCCCUGCUGUGCACAAGGAGGCGCAGAGAGGAGGGACAAAGAGCGGAGAGAAAACUGGAAGGUAUAUGACUAAACCAGAAACUAUUGCAGAAACUAUACCCUCAAAUGUGACUGACACAGAGAACAAGGUUGGGCACAGAGAUAAAGUUGAGAUAGAAGCUGGCUCUGGUCCAGGGAUGAAGCCUGAGCUUGUGGCAAAUGUUGGGGUAAACGCCAGUUCAAAACAUAUGGAAAACAUGAUUAGGCCAGAAGCUGAUGUUAUAGCGAAAGUUAAUAAUGUGGUUGGUUCAGUAGCAGAGUCCAGAGAGGAAGCUGAAAUCGAGACAGAUGCUAAAACUGCUCUUACAUCUAAGCCUGAGGCAGCACUUGAAACUGCUGUUGGUAGUGAAACUGAAAAAAGGAGUAACAGUGAGACUGGGCUUGUCAGUGAAGCCAACAAUAUUUCUAAGACUACAGAUAAUGCACAGACAGGAUUUGUUGCUGGAGAUAAAACAGACGUUUCUAAAACUGCAGAUCAAGCUGAGAAAAAGCCACUGGACAUUGACAAAACAGAAUCUAGCCAUGUAAAGAAAAGUUCAAAAUCCCAGAAGUCCAAAUCAUCCAAAUCCAGUUCCAGGUCUCGACCUGGCACAGCCACAGGGCUGAGACCAGGUUUAGCCAGUCCUCGGCAAAGCCGAGGACUUGGAGACCUUGAAUCAACAGGCCCAGCUGAGGGCAUCGAGUCCACCUGGCCUCGCCGAAUCAUUGUUAGAAAGAGGACUGUCCGUCAGGGUGGGGCACUCCACAAUCUCCCUAUUCUCCCCCCACUCCCUUCUGUCCUUUCAGCACUGGAGAAGAGGCGACCACAUGCCCACCUCCACCCCCGCCCAGGCCACUUGUCAGAGAACCCAUUAACUAAUGUAAUGAACAGUUCAAGUAUUGUUGGACGAUGCUCACUUAAAGAGCCCUCUCAUCCAGAACUGGGACAAGGUUUGGUGGGCAGAGCUUCCCUGAGGGAGCAGACCUUGGAGCACUGGAGGGUCUGUAGAGAGCAAGAAGACUCAAAGAAUCCCAAGAGCAAGGAAAAACAAGGAGAGCAGAGCAAAGAGAAGACUGGUAAGGAAGAGGGGAUGCGAGAGGAAGAGAUGAGAGAGAAGGAGAGGAGAGGAGAGAAAGACAAAAAGGAGGAGAAAGUGAGACAGAAGAAAGAGAACGUUACUGUUUGUGCGGGGCUGGUGGAAGAAACUGGUCAAGAAACGUUGUUGGAGAGAAGGGAAGAAAAACUCCAAGAACAUGCAAAUCAACCAGUGGAACUGAAAAAAGAGAAGGAUUUCAAGAUCGCGCCUGAAAAAAUGGAGGAUAGGGCUAUAAAGAUUAAGGUUGGAAUACAAGAACGGCCGGGGCAAGACCCGGAUGAGGCUGCCGCUACCUUACAAAAAGAAGAGGGUGAGGUGGAGGCAGCAGAAGGGGGACCACCUGGGCAGGAGAGGGGCAUGGAGAGCUGGGAUGCGGUCCUUGAAAUGGUGAACACACUGUGGGAUGAUGGCUGGGAAAAAGGAGGAGCAGGAGGAGGAGGAGGAGGAGGAGAUACCGAUUCCUUCUCAGGCUCCCUACCACGUUGGCCCCUCCUCCGGCCCCCAGUUGGGUUUGGCGGCUCACACCCCCCCUCCUCAGCUGCAUCGGAGCUCAGCCUGACGGAGUUAGAAAGGAGAGCCAGGGAGCUGGACUCUGACCUGGAGCAUUUAGACCUGUCUCAGCCUCACAGAGACACCCAGGAUUUAUACCAAACACUGCUCGAGCCACAGAGGGAACGAGCUGACAUGUACCAAACACAUCCUGGGCCACAGAGGGAGAAAGCUACUCUUAUCACAGGGGUGGGCAGCAGAUCACAGGUCAGUUUGGAGCUCAGUGCUAUGGCCUCACCAGCUACAGAUGCAGACAGGCCGGUGGACUGGUCAACUAAAUCUACUGGGACUUCCACUGUUGGCACAAGCUCCACUAAAGAGGACAGCUCUCCAGACUCCAAUCUGACGCUGGAAUCUGACUCCAGUGGUGUCUUCCUCUCCUUAUCUAAUCAAAGCCAAGAGGAGGCCAGCUCUGACAGUGACCAGCCAAUCAGUGGCUCCGACCUAGGCAGCAGCAACACAUCACUGGAGAAAGAUGGGGAUGAUGGAGGGUUAAAGGAAUGGGGGAGGGAGGAGAGUGCAGAGCUACAGUGGUGCUACCCAUCACUUCUCGACACAGGCUCGCAUGAAGACACUGAAGGAGACGGUGAAAGAGAGGAAGUGGGGUGUGGAACAACAGCAGGAGAUGAAGAGAUGAUGGACGAGAAUGAGAGAAAAUAUGGUAAAAUGGGAAUGGUUUCAACCAAGUCCCCGUCAAAACAAGCAGUCUUUAAGGGCACUGUGAAUCUAAAUGCCCCACAAAGUGAAGAAAUGCCACUUCGGAAAAAAGUGACCCUCAUGGGAAGAGACUCCCCACUUCCUUUGUCACCCUCAAAACAACCAAUCAAACACCUUCUAGACCCCAAUCAGAAGCCAAUCAGAACCUCAGGACUAGACUGUGGCGACCUAGAUCCCUUUGUCCAGUCGGACAGCUUUGUUUACCUUGCUGUGUCUGCCAGGCCUGCCUACGGGGCUAACGUCACCGCAGCGACAGAAAUUUCCAGUCAUCAUAAAAAACAAGACGGUGUGCCGCCACAUACGGACAUCGCGAAAACCAAUGUGGACCUGUCAAAUCCGGAGUACACCAAGUCGACUCACCUUGCCCCACAAAAACCAGAGGAAGGUGAUUUUCUUUGCACUGACAGCUUUGUCUACCUGGCUGCUCCAGCCUGCCUCCUGUUGGGCCCUGAAGGAACCACACACUACAGUGGCAAGGACUCAGAUUCAGAGAGCUCUGGCUCUGGACCUGUUGACCUGUCAGUACUAGGUUGCGACUCUGUGGCAGGGGAUAGUGACUGGGACUCAGACCUGUCGGACUCUGAUCCCAGCCGUUCCUCUAGAGUUUCUACGAUGGGUAACAAAUCUGCUGGUGUAGCACGGCCCAAGCGUCUGCCUGCUGAACCUGACUGGGACCUGUUUGGAGAAACCACUGAGCCUGAAGUGCUGAGUGAGCUCUUCACUGAGCAGGACAGGAACAACAGCGGCAAAUCAGGAACAGCUACUGCGGUUACCACCAGCAUGGCGACAGCACCUGCCAUUCCCACGGCAACUCAACCUGUCUCUGCAUCAGUCAAGACGAUGGCGACAGCAGAGCAGUCAACCACGAAGAAGGUGACGUGGCAGUUUAAACCAGCCCAGCGGUCGGUUUGCACUGGAAGCAGGAAGGAAAAAGAUAAGGAAAUGACACCAUCGUCCUUGGUAAGGUUCACAGAACAGGAAGGUGGCGAGACCCAUAGGCCCCCGCCUUCAUCAUCAUCUUCUUCAUCAUCAUCACCCUCUUCAUCGUCAUCUGGUUAAUUUUCUGAAAGAAAGUUGUUUAAUCCAUUGAGAGACGCGACACCUGAAGACUAAAUAUCUUUAACUUUCUGUAGAAACCAAUGGUUUGAAUAACUUAAUUUUUUUGCCUGUAAACUCUUGCGUCUAGCUGCUGCUAUUGCCUUCUUUGACCUUGUAAAGGCUGCAAAAAGAAUUGUUAAUUGUUGUAUUUACCUAGGUUAGUCAACACAAUAUCAUAUAGAAGCACUGUAAAGAUGGCUGGUGAGACUCAGGCUUAACAGAAACAGUGUCGUCUUUAUUAUUUUCAUCAGUCGAAUUUUGGAUUACAGGGUGGACUUUUUAGUUAUAUAUAUAUACAUUCAUAUUUUCUCUCUAAAAAGUGAAUAUAAGUAGUUCUGUUGAACAUGUAUUCCUCUGAAUGUACUAUACAGGAUAUACCCAACCUAUAACAGGUUUGACAUAUCAGGAAUUGUUGAUAACCUGGACUGGUUGCCUGUAUUUAAACAUUAACACCUUGAUAGAAUCAGCCCUUACAUCAAAUUACCACAGUACACCUUCUGUACUACAGCCUUUGACAAGUGAGAGGUUGAACUUUGCAGUAUAUAAUGUAUUUUAUAAUAUCAUUCAACUCUGUGAAUUUAACAGUGUGUCAAUAAUUAUUAUAUUAUAAUUAUAUUUUAAACAUUGAGAUCAUUAUUGGGCAGAAAUAUAUAAAUAUAUAUGUGGUGAAUGUGCAAACACGAACAGCAAAUGAAAGGGUUGAUAACAUUUAAUUAAAAUGUUUUAUUUAUCA